AUGGUCGUCCAAACCAGGCGAAGAAAGGCCCUGCAGGAAACCGCCCCAGAAGACAGCAAAGCCGAAGCCACCACACAGGACUUGACUACAGAGCAGCAGCCGGCCACACAACAGAGCCCCUCAAAGAAACAGAAGAAGGCAACCAAGGCAAAUGAUGCCCCCAAAGAGGACGCAGAAGAAGCAUCAAAAGCCGAGCCGGCCAAGGGCACCCUCAAGGUCUUCGGAGAUGACGACGACGACGAGGAAUUGAAUACACCCGUCAAAGCCCCUGCUUCAGCGGCUGGGAAGAAGGUCGAGGUGGAAGAGGAGGAGGAGGAGGACAGCAGCGAUGACGAGGCUCCCGAAGCAGUAUCGACCGCCAAGGCCGCCGAGGAUAUCAAGAAGUCUACGCAGGCCGCUCAGAAGGCAGUCCAAGAACAAGUCGCUGCACAAAAGCGCAAGCGCCAGCAGCUCGCCGAGCUCCUCAAGAAACAAGCCGAGGAGCGCAAGAAAGCAGAUGAAUCCACAGCAGCAGCACCGCAGGACGAACAGCAGCCCUCAGCCAAGCCAGCCGCCAGAGGAAGAAACCGAGCAGACAGGAAGUCCAACAUCCCUGCCGUCCUGCCUGCAGAAUUCCUCACAGACUCUUCAAGCGAGGAUGAGGACGAGGACGAGGCCGAUGACUCAACUGUAGCAGGGCAGCCCAAGAGGCGCAAGGUGGCUGGGGUCGAGAAGAGGCUGACGCGUCUGGACGCGGGGCCCAAGGACGAGGUGGUCAAGUCGACGGUGUACCGCGUCGAGAAGAAGAUGGAUCAGAGGCUCGCGCCCAAGGUGAAGAAGCAUUCCAAGGCGACCAAGGAGUUGCUCUUGAAGCGGAAUAGGCCUGCUGUGACGUCGGGAGCUGGAGGAUUCUUCAAGAGGAAAUGA